AGAGAGAUCAGUUGGAAGUGAAAGUGAAAGUCAGCAGGUUGUUUUAGUGAAGAGUAAAAACAUGAAGUUCUUUGUGGAAUAAAAUCACAGAUCCAGUUAUGUUUAUAAUAUAAAACAUUUGACUUUUUGUUAUAAUGUCUCGGGAGUGUGAGAAACUCCAGACCUCUGAAAUGAGUCUACAAGAGGAGAAGCACAAGAGUGGAUCUGAGGAAAGGCCAGACUCCACUGUGUCCAGCUGUGUGUCUCUCAAGAGUGACAAAUCAAUGGGAAUCCCUCUCCACUUUACAGGUGGAACAUCCUCUAUGGAAAGAGAUGACCCUGAGAAAACAUUUGUAAGAAGUCUCAAAUUAGAUAAGAAGAUUACAGACUUCCUUCACAACAUCUUUACGGAUCUGGAGAAUAAAAUGAUUGCAUUUAUAAAACAUGAGCUGGAGAUGUUUAAGAAACUUCUAAGAAAAGAAAACACAAAAUAUUACGAAGAUGUGAAGGAUGAUCUGCGGAGUAUUAAAGAAGCAGCUCUUCAUAUGGCAUUGAACUUUCUAAAGUUGAUGGAACACAAUGAUCUUGCUGAUGCACUCCAAGAUGCACUAAUAGGAGUUCAGCAGCGUGCACUUAAAUCAAACCUGUGUAAGAAGUUUCAACACGUUUGUGAAGGAAUUGCAAAUCAAGGAGAGUCCAACAUUCUCAACAAGAUCUACACAGAUCUGUACAUCACUGAAGGUGGAGUUCAACAAAUGAAUGAACAACAUGAAGUGAGACAAAUUGAAAAGCAAAAAACUAGUGUGAAAGCUGAAGCAAAUCAAAUGGAACAAGAGGAACAAAUUGAAUGCAAGAACAUGCUCACACCAUCACCUGGAGAAGAAAAACCCAUCAGAACUGUGGUGACACAGGGGGUCGCUGGUAUCGGAAAAUCCAUCUGUGUGCAGAAGUUUGUUCUAGACUGGGCUGAAGGGAAAGAAUAUCAGGACAUCAAGUUCAUAUUUCCACUGCCUUUCAGAGAACUGAACCUGAAAGAAAAUGAAAAAUGCAGCUUGAGGGACGUCAUCUAUCAAUUUUUUCCAGAAACAAAAGGAAUGAGAUUCACAGACAGGUAUAAAGUCAUGUUCAUCUUUGAUGGCCUGGAUGAGUGUCGACUUCCUCUAACAUUCCAUGAAAACCAGAAGUGGACUGAUGCAUCAAUGCCAGCCUCACUGGACACUAUAAUGACAAACCUCAUUGAAGGAAAUCUGCUUCCAUCUGCUCUCAUCUGGAUAACCACUCGACCAGCAGCAGCUGCUAAGAUCCCUGCUGAACAUGUGGACCGGAUCACAGAGGUGCGUGGCUUCAAUGACGUACAAAAGGUGGAGUACUUCAGGAAGAAAAUCAGUGAUGAGAGUCUGGCCAACAGAAUCAUUGAUCAUAUUAAAGGAUCAAGAAGCCUCUUCAUCAUGUGUCAUAUUCCAGUCUUCUGCUGGAUUUCAGCCACUGUACUUGAGAGGAUUUUGGGAAGAUCAGACAGUGAAGACAUUCCACAGACUCUGACGGAGAUGUACACAUGUUUUCUGAUCUUUCAGACCGUACAGGGGGACAAGAAAUACAAUAGAAAGCAUGCCUCAGACAUUCCAUGGGAUAAAGAGGGAAUUCUUUCAUUGGGAAAGCUUGCCUUUAGUCACCUGGAAAAAAACAACCUGAUUUUCUAUGCAGAAGAUCUAAAAGCCUGUGGAAUUGACCCCAGUAACAUAGCAGUGUACUCAGGAGUGUGCACUCAGGAGACUGGCAGAUUUCUAGGCACAGUUUUCAGCUUUGUGCAUCUCAGCAUUCAGGAGUUCAUUGCUGCUUUGUUUACAUAUGUAUGUGUCCAGAAUGAAAACAAGAAUGUUUUUGAUCAAUCAGAAGAGAGCAAAGAAACAAAACUUAUUGAUUUACUAAAGAUUACAGUGGACAAAGCCUUACAGAGUGACAAUGGACACUUGGAUCUUUUCCUCCGUUUCCUUCUGGGCCUCUCAGUGGAGUCUAAUCAGAAGCUCAUUCGAGGUCUACUGACACACACAGGAAGCAUCUCUGACUGCCGAAAGGACAUAGUUAAAUACAUCAAGUUAAAGUUUGAUCAAAAUCCAUCUCCAGAGAGAUCAAUCAAUCUGUUCUACUGUCUGAACGAGUUAAAUGAUGAUUCACUGGUGAAAGAGAUCCAAAGCUUCAUGAACUCAGGUCAUCUCUCUGAAGCUGAACUCUCACCUGCUCAGUGGUCUGCUCUGGUCUUUGUGUUGCUGACAUCAGAGGAGGAUCUGGAAGUGUUUGACCUACAGAAGUUCAGAAGGUCAGACGAAUGCUUUAUGAGACUGUUACCAGUCGUCCAGGAAGCCAUAAAAGCUCUGUAA